GCAUUUAUUUUCAGAUACAAGAAUCCAAGAGUUCUAGUUCAUUUAUUCUCAAUGGGCUAAUUUUGUCCCUACAUCACUAAGGCUUAAUUCAAAAGACUAGAGUUACAGACGCUCGAGAGGAUCCCUUGAGGCCGAUGCUCGGACAAACCCAAAGAGAAUCCUCAAUGGGUGGGUUGGAGUCUUUACCAAGGAAUCACUUAAGUAGAACAGUGACUCCCGGUUUUCUCCAUCGGCCGCCGCUCUGUUUCGUCUCUGCGACCGAAAGCCUCCAAGAGAGUCAGGCGGAGAAGAGAAUGGGUCACUCUAAUAUCUGGAACGCUCACCCAAAGAACUACGGCCCCGGUUCCCGCGCCUGCCGGGUUUGCGGGAAUCCUCAUGCAAUCAUCAGAAAGUAUGGAAUCAUGUGCUGCAGGCAGUGCUUCCGCAACAAUGCCAAGGAAAUUGGAUUCAUCAAGUAUCGCUAGAGGAUUAAUACACCAUGGAAGAUCAAGAACAAGAACAAGAACAAGAGCAUUUUGAUAUUUGAACGCUAUGGAUGCAUUACCUCUGAUGUAAUCAACGUCAUUGUCGUUU